AGAGAGAGAGAGAGAGAGAGAGAGAGAGAGAGAGAAAAACACACAAGCAGCUCUUCUGAGACAGCAGCCGAAGAAUAUUCAGGAGCGAGGGGCUGCAAAAUAAUGACCAUCGUUAGCCAACAAUCGUGUAAAAGUAAUUAUGAUAUGCCAAACGAAGCCACAACGAAAAGGAAGAUCCAUUCAUAGCUCCCCUUUGUAGCCAAUAUAAAACAUCAACGACGAAACGCAAGUAGGCUAAGCAAAGGAAAUGUUUGGAGCGUCUUUAUUUUAUUAAUUUCAAUAAUUAGUUAAUGUUGGCCUUCUCGCAACAGAGGGAGGCGCCGUGGAAAUGUAUCACCAUGGAGAGACGGAGAGAAGACGAGCAUCCUUUGCGUUGAGUUAGCCGCUAAUGCGUUACACGCAUUUGUUUUUAUUAUUGUUUUAUUUUAUUCUCUGCUUUCUCUUAUGAUAUCAAACAUGUGGUAAGCUAUCUGUCGACUAGGGAGAGAGAGAAGGGUGUUGUCAGAAAGAGGAAAGACAGAAGGAGGGGGCAUUAGGUGUUGUUGUUUUUUUUAAAGGGGGAGACAGACCGACAGAAAAGGUGAAUUGAUGUGCGAAAGCCUGCGACACGUCACUUUCCUGAGAAAUAAUAAUGCAAAAGAAAGAAAUGGCGUAAACCAUAACCCCCCAAAACAAGAGAGAGAACAAGACACAUCUUCAAGUGAGACCCUCGCGUUCUCACGCUUAUUGGGAAUCUUUGAGGUGUGGCGUGUUGGCUGUGGGAGCUGUCAGUCUGCAGCUGGCCUAUCAAGAGCUCUCAGGAGGAUGGACCAGAGCAGACAGUCUAGCUGAGGAUGCCCCCCGUCCCUCCCCCGCUCUACACCUGCUCUCUCACUUCUCACACUAUGCUAGGAAAACACACUCUGCACCUCUGCUUUUGACCAACCCCCCCACCCCUCCCAAUACCUAAUUUCUCCCAGUAUCUCCAAUAACCUACUAAUUCUAGGUUAUUUUGAGGUCCUUUCUGUACCCCUUUCUGCCCACGAGUGAACUCCUGGUCAUUUUUUUCAUUUUUCUGGCUAGAAGACCAGAGGACAUGUCCUUCUUCCCAGAGAGUGGUCUCAGACGGCAGGGUUCUGGUGGGACGCGGCGCUCCAGCCCCCGCAGGAUGUCUGACCCGUGUCUGGUGUGUCUCCUGGGCCUGGCCCUCUGCCUGACCCUGUCCUCCUGCCAGCGGGCCGAUCUCAGUGGGAAACACCCUAUGGUCACCACGGGCUACGGCAAGCUGCGCGGCGUCAGGAAGGAGCUCAACAACGAGAUCCUGGGGCCCGUGGAGCAGUACCUGGGCGUGCCCUAUGCCACCCCGCCUAUCGGCGAGCGCCGCUUCCAGCCCCCUGAGGCACCAGGUUCCUGGCAGGAGAUCCGCAAUGCCACCCAGUUUGCCCCAGUGUGCCCGCAGAACGUACACGGGGUGCUGCCUGAGAUCAUGCUGCCGGUGUGGUUCACUGACAACCUGGAUGCUGCAGCAGGCUACGUUCAGAACCAGAGUGAGGACUGUCUGUACCUCAAUGUCUACGUGCCCACUGAGGAUGGUCCGCUCACAAAAAAACACGAUGAGUCUACAAUGAACAAACCCAGGGAUGAAGAUAUCCGUGACCGUCGGAAGAAGCCGGUGAUGUUGUUCAUCCAUGGCGGUUCCUACAUGGAGGGGGCGGGAAACAUGUUCGACGCCAGCAUCCUCGCAGCCUACGGCAACGUCAUCGUGGUCACCAUGAACUACCGUCUUGGCGUGCUCGGGUUUCUGAGUACCGGGGACCAGUCAGCCAAGGGGAACUAUGGUCUGUUGGACCAGAUCCAGGCUCUGCGCUGGCUCAAUGAGAACAUUGGCCACUUUGGAGGAGACCCAGAGAGGAUCACCAUCUUUGGCUCCGGGGCUGGAGCCUCCUGUGUCAAUCUGCUCAUCCUCUCCCACCACUCUGAGGGUCUGUUCCAGAGGGCCGUAGCCCAGAGCGGCUCAGCCAUCUCCAGCUGGUCGGUCAACUACCGGCCCCUUAUGUACACCCAGAUCCUGGCUAAGAAGGUAGGCUGCAGCUAUGGGGACACAGGCGACCUGGUGGAGUGUCUGAGGAGGAAGAGCUUUAGGGAGCUGGUGGACCAGGACAUCCAGCCGGCCAGGUAUCACAUCGCCUUCGGCCCCGUGGUGGAUGGAGACGUGGUUCCCGACGACCCCGAGAUUCUCAUGCAACAGGGGGAGUUCCUGAACUAUGACAUCCUGCUAGGGGUGAACCAGGGAGAAGGGCUGAAAUUUGUGGACGACAGUGAGGGGGAAGAUGGAAUCUCUGCAGCUUCCUUCGACUACACCAUCUCUAACUUUGUGGACAACCUGUAUGGAUACCCUGAGGGUAAGGACAUCCUGAGGGAGACCAUAAAGUUCAUGUACACAGACUGGGCCGACAGGGACAACGGAGACAUGAGGAGGAAGACCCUGCUGGCACUGUUCACAGACCACCAGUGGGUGGCGCCAGCUGUGGCCACAGCCAAGUUGCACGCUGAGUUCCAGUCUCCUGUCUACUUCUACACCUUCCACCACCACUGCCAGACGGAGGCCCGGCCAGAGUGGGCGGACGCGGCCCACGGGGAUGAGCUGCCCUACGUGUUUGGGGUCCCCAUGGUGGGAGCCACCGACCUGUUCCCCUGUAACUUCUCCAAGAACGACGUCAUGCUCAGUGCUGUGGUCAUGACCUACUGGACCAACUUUGCCAAGACCGGGGAUCCCAACCUGCCUGUUCCUCAGGACACUAAGUUCAUCCACACCAAGCCCAACCGCUUUGAGGAGGUCAUCUGGACCAAGUUCAGCUCCAAAGACAAGCAGUACCUCCACAUUGGCCUGAAGCCCCGUGUCCGAGACAACUACCGGGCCAACAAGGUGGCCUUCUGGCUGGAGCUGGUGCCUCACCUGCACUCCCUGCAUGAGGACAUCUACCCCAUCACCACCCGCCUGCCGCCUGGAGGAGGAGGUCCCCGUGUCCACCGGCCUGGCCCCCCAGGGGCUCGCUCCACCCGUCACCCCGUCAUCUCCACCAACCCCCCCGAACCUGAGCCAGACCCCUCCGAGCCGCCCCGCCGCAACCCGUUCCCCGACGAGAUAAGGGACUACUCCACGGAGCUGAGUGUGACGGUGGCGGUGGGCGCCUCGCUGCUCUUCCUCAACGUGCUGGCCUUCGCAGCCCUCUACUACAAACGGGACAAACGCCACGAGCUGCUGCAGAGACGCCACCGCCGCUUGUCCCCCCAGCGCGGCAUGGGCACCGCCAUGGGCAUGGGCAUGGGAGUGGUGGGCGCCCCGUCCCACAAUGACCUGGCACUGAGCCAGGAGGAGGAGCUUAUGUCCUUGCAGAUGAAACAGCAGAGGGUGGAGAUGGAGCAUGGCAUCGGCACACCCCUCCCUUCCCGGGGUCUCCACGGCGACCUAGAGCCUCUACGGGCGCAAGUGGGCCCACCAGACUACACGCUGGCCCUGCGGCGGGCACCGGAGGACGUGCCGCUGAUGACGGCCAACACCAUUACAAUGAUCCCAAGCACCAUCAGCGGCAUGCAGCCCCUCCACCCUUUCAACACCUACCCCCCCGCCCCGGCCCCCUCCACCACUCCCACCCCUGGCCACAGCAACAACGCAUUGCCACACCAACACUCCACCACCCGCGUAUAGGACCAGGCACCAUCUCUGGCUCAGCAGAGAUACAAACAAACACCACAGACUGAUCCUCUCCUCUUUCUCUCUCACUGGGGUUAUCCUCCAGCUUUUUACUGGGACUCUUUUUCUGUGUUAUCGCCCCCUACUGUUGGGAUACAUGGCUCAUCAUUACAACUAACACAUCUCUAUCACACAUCCUCCAACCUGUUCAUAUGUCUGUACAAUCUGGGUGUUUCACUCUCUUUCGCUCUCUCACUCUGUCUAUCUCUUUCUUCCUCUCUCUCUCUCUCUCUCUCUCUCUCUCUCUCUCUCUCUCUCUCUCUCUCUCUCAACCUCUUCUCUCUGCCUCGCACUCUCUUUCUCUUCCCGUCUGUUCCUGUAGCUCUUGAUCACAACGUUCACACAAUCCUCCCAGUCUCAUUUUCAUCCUCUAUCUCUCUCACAUAAACCACUUCAUGACUCCUUUUUUCCUCUUUGGAGUCUUUUAUACAAACACAUAAAUGUAAAUGAUGUAUUAUUGAUAAAUUGUAAGGAUAUGAAUGAAAAAAGUGAUAUUCUGAUAUCUCGUUUUUACCAGCAUUCUUGGUGCCAAGUACUGUGAUAACGCUCCUCUCUCAAUGAGGGUCCAAUGGACCACCAGGAGAGGCCCAUCCUGACUUGAUCUUACACAAGGAAUUACCAUCAUCAAAAAAGUGCCAAAUGUUUCAUCUUUCUUUUUGAUCUAUUGCACUUUCGUUUAGUUUUUUCUUGCAUUCAGUGUUGCACUGUGGCUGGGCUUUACUCGAGGGUGGAAAUAUUCAAUAUAUCCUUGUAAAAUUAUAAAGAGAAUAUUAAGAUUUAUAACUGGUUUGCAUGAUUUUUAUUUUCUAAACGGAGGACGGACAUCGGAGUGGAAAGCUUGUAUUUUAAAUGUUUAUUUUUAUGUUUGGCCUUGUUUUCCUAUUGUUUUUUCUUCUUGAAAAGUUUUUUUUUUUUUUUUAUAUAUCCGCUGAACUUUGUGCACUUCAUGAAGAAAACUAUGUUCUAUUCUGUAGAUACUUCAAAAGAGGUAUCAGGAGAUGAAAAUUGACUAUGAUUAUAACAAGAAGAACAAAUAUGUCCUUUAUUUUUUCAUUUCUUAUCACUGAGGCUGUGCCACAAGCACCUGCUGCCCUGAGAGACUGUUUGAAGCCCCAUCUCUAAACCGCCUCUCUUUUUAGUUGACUCUUUCUCUCAUUACUUUAGCUGUGAAGUGUUGCACGGUCAUCGUGUUACCAUCUCAACUGAAGAUUGUCUUUGAUCAUUACUCAGAAAAAACAUUGUUGGACUUUACAACUCCAUCAGCUUGCAGUGUUUGUCCAUGAUAGGCUAAUACUCGUUUUUCAAUCGUGAAAAUAUCAUAUUUCACGUGAAUUGCCUCAAUGGUAAAAAUUUAUAUAAUUCUACAUAUUUUCCCGGAAAUGAGGGUUGUCUUUGAUCAUCAAUUAUCUUAGUUUUAAGCACUAUUAUCCUCUCCUCAGUGGAAUUUUAGCUUUGUGUAACAGGAUACAGGAUAUGUCACUGUCUUUUCAUCUCUUCUGUUGUUCUGAGGUUCUCUCUGUUGUUGAGGGGCAGAAGGGGCAGGGGGUAUGAAGGGGGCUCAGACAGACUGACAUACUGUAGGUCAAAGGUGAAAAAGCCUUGUACGCACGUUUCAGAUCUUUCAACUGCACAACUGAACACAGGGACACAACAAACUCUGGACAUUCAUGAAAAAAAACUGUUACCGAAGUUGAGACAACGUUAGGAAAACAUUGACAUGGAAAACAACAAUGGCAAUGGAGAGACAAAUCUUCUGCAGGACGCCUGACAUGUCGCCGAUGCACAGAUGAUGCAUUCUAAAACUUGAGUAGAAAAACAUUUGAUAAACAUUACUCACAUAUAACACAAACAACAAAUCUAGCGGGAUAUUUUUCCUGUUUUGUUUCCUGUCUUGUUUUGGGAUGAUGAUGAUCACUCUGGGGUUAUAGACUGGGGUCCAUCACAGGGGACUGGACAGAGAACCGGGACUCAGAAAAAAGAACAAAACACACAUGGAAAACAAACUGUAAAAAAAAUUUAAAGUGUAAAAGAACAAACUGGUAUUUGUAAAUAUUAUGUUUAUGGUUUGGUUUAUGAGUGAAGGGCCAAAUUAUUCCUUUGUAACAACAGGUGCAAAUUCAGACAGCUGAUUUAAGCUGUUGUUGUUUGAUUCUCUUUCAUUUCUUAGAUUUAAGGUCAAAGUGCAACACGUUAUGGGCACAUGUAGACAGUUAUUAACAUACAUGAAUGAUCUGUGAAUGAAAACUACAUCUAAAAUCAUAGCAUGGUUGAGUUCAACAUAAAUAGCGGUAGGGACGGGGAUAUGGCUCAGGUUUCUCUAGGGUAGAAGGAACAUACUGUACGUGGGUGGGGUUCUGGGGGAGGUCGGCAUUACUUGCACAUUUUGUCAAUUGCCACAUCAAUCAUGAAGACAGCUUUUGUCUGGAAUGGCAAUUCAUUUAAGAUGAGUCCUUUUGCAUCUGUUAUGUGGCCAAUGAUAAGAGCUGCAUAGAUAGCAGAUUUAGAGAGAAUAUGGAUACAGAGAGAGAGAAAACGGGAAAGUGAUAGGGAGAGAGAGUAAAAGGACAUAAAGAGGGAGGCAGUGAUAGGGGUAGAGAUAGUCAUGGUUUGAAACUGUGCUCAACCCAAACCUACAAAACAAGAACUUGAAUCUUGAUGGUGGUGCUGUUGGUAAUUGUUAGUGACACUCACUGUCCUGAGAAGUGACAUAGUAUUACCCCAUAGCUUAGAACAGGUACAGUAUGUUGUCAACUCCUUUGUACUCUUUAGUCUUGUUUCAGACUGAUGGUUGUGGUUGCUUUGCUAUCCUUUACUAUUUUGUCUGCCAUGCACAUUCUGUUUAAGUCAUUUUCUGGAAUAUCAGCUCACCUGUUUGCUGUCCGUUUGAGAUGCCCAUGUUUCCAAAAAGAACAAGUUAAAAAAGACGGUAUUUUUCUAAAAAAAUAUAUAUGACUGAAAUUUGGAAACUGGGGAUAUUACAGCCAACAGACUCUGGAAGCACACGCUCACCCGUUUACACGGUGACACUAAAGUCUGGCGUUGGUUCAAUGUUACAAACAAAAAAACAUUACAAGGAUGCAAAUCUCUACUUUUCAAGGUUCGCGCUUGGUUGCCCAAAAAGACUUGCAACUGUUUGUGUCUGUUUUCAUUUAGUCUGGAAUCAGUAACCUACUGGAGGAUUGAGACACUGUAAAGGAAGCAUAACGAACGGGUUUAAAGAAUGAAGUUAAUAUUUCAUAUAGAGGCUAUGGUACACUGUAUGUUGUGUCUGAACUGGAGAACAUUAAAAAGAUAUUCUUAAA